UCCAACAGCAAGUUUUACGACAAUUAAAUUUGAUAAAUUUUCGAAUUCUACAAAUGUCGCAAGAUAUUAAUACUUUGAUGGGAAAUAUUAAUGCUAAAGAUGAUAAUCAAUUGUCGAUGAAACCAGAUAAUACAAUUUUGAAUAAAUUUGUAUUUCCUUUAAAAGCGGAAGCAGACAUGCAUGAAUUGGAAGAAUAUUUGAAAAACAAAGAGCACGCAAAUCAAUUUAUUACAGAAUUGCUCAAAAUAGGGGGAUUGUCAUACAAAAAUAUGACUAGGAGAAUUCUCCAAAAAUUAUUUUCGGAUAAUAUUGCUCAGACGUACAGUUGGGUUGGCUUUAAAGGAAAAAAAAAUUUUUCAAUACUUUGUGUUACAUCCACAAUUUUAACUGCAGUACAAAAAGCACAUACAACCUCACUUGCAGAGAUUGAAAAAGUAAUUAAAAUGUGGCUAGUCAAAGCAAAGGAAAGACAUUUAAAAAAGGCAAGGCUGACUAUUUAGUUGUAAUGUUGUAAUUCAAAGCAACCUCCAGAUACAAAUUGCGACACCGAUAAAUUUUUUAAAUUUAAUUUUUAAUAUUUUUCUUGUAUGAGCUGUUUUCCA